AUGGGCUGGUUCUCCAAGAAAGAAAAGGUCGCUACCCCCGACACCGCCUCUUCAAACCCAUACGCGGCCCCUCCACCAGCCUACGAUUCUGGCAGCAGCAACGCUCCAUCUGCCUCCUACGAUAAUAAAUCCGCAAACCUCUACGGUGGUGCCAAGGAAUCCUCUACUUAUGGUAAUAAUCCAUACGGAGGUGCUAAAGAAUCCUCCGGCGACUCCUACGGUGCUUCUAUGUAUGGCAGCAACAAUAAGGCCAAACCAAGCGGUGGUUCUAACCCAUACGGAGGCAACAACUCGACUCCUGGUGGUCAAGAUGACAACGCUUACUCCGGUAAAGGGUCUUAUGGAUACGGUUCUAGUGGAUACUCUGCCGAAAGUGGAUAUGAUUCCAAAGAUCCAUACAGCACCGGACAAGGCAGGCAAAUGACCGCCGAAGAGGAAGAAGAAGAAGAUGCAGAUGCCUUAAAAUCUCAAAUCCGCUUCACUAAGCAAGAAUCCGUCGCUUCGACUCGUAAUGCCCUCCGUGCUGCUGCCAGAGCCGAGGAAGUCGGUCGUGAUACUCUUGUCAAACUCGGUGAACAGGGCGAGAAGCUUCACCAGACCGAAUUGAAUUUGGAUAUGGCCAAGAAUCACGGUCAUAGAGCUGAAGAUCAAGCUGCGCAUUUGAAGAGGUUAAAUAGGAGUAUGUUCGUUCCUGUGGCUGGUAGUCCCUUCGGACGACAGGCAAAGGCGGAUAAAGAAGAGGAGAAGAUUAUGGAACGCCAUAGAGUUGCUCGUGAGGAAAGAGAGAGAGUCCAGGCUGCCGGAAUGCAGGGUCAACAGCAGGUUAAGAGUGGAUUAAGGCCAAUGGGGGCUCCGGCUAUGGCGCCAAGGCAGAAGAUGAGCUUGGCUGACAAGGCAAAAUUUCAGUUUGAAGCUGAUGCUGAGGAUGAUGCUAUGGAAGAGGAGAUUGAUGAUAACUUGCAUCAACUCGGAGGUGCCAUUGGUAGACUCAAUCUUUUGGCGAAGACACAGAACCAGGUUGUCCAGGACCAAAACAAGACUAUCGAUCGUUUGAACUCGAAGAGCGAGUCCGUCCACCAACAAAUCGACCGAAACACCCACCGAAUCAACAAGAUAAAAUAG